AUGGCCGACCCGUUGUCCAUCGCCAGUGGCGUCGCUGGCCUUGUAUCUCUUGGCUUGACUCUCUGUGGCGGUCUUCACAAUUAUUUUAGUAACGUCAAAGGCCGACACCAAGACAUCGAGACAGCCAGCCGAAGCCUUACUCUUUUACAAUCAAACAUCUUCAUCAUCCAGUCGAGCACAUUAAAACUUGGCCAUCGCCACGCCUUGUCUGCCAAUGGAGUCAAUCAAGGUCUUGCCAAUUGCGAGUUCGAACUCGUAGCCCUACAGCAAUUGAUGCUGAACCUUACUAGAGAGGAGGGUUUGUCCGACAUUACAGGAAAGUUGAGAAAGCAAAUAAAGAUAGCUCGGUAUCCAUUCGAUCAGAAGAAGUUGAUUCAACUUCAAGAUCAGCUUUCCAAGGCCAAUACGACUUUGAGUAGUUUCGUACAAAACUUCAACCUUGAUAUCAACAUCGGCAUCAGCGAAGACUUGCAGAUUUUGAAAAACUACACCAAUGCUAACGAUAGCAUCACGCACAACAUGCUAGGCACAAUUGCCGGGCGACUCGACGCCAUCAGUCCAGCUGUUCAACGAACUGAGAUAGAGAUGGCGAAAUUGUCUCAACAUGUCCAGGACAACUGCCUCGACACUCGCAGCCAUGUUUCAGACGUCGUUGUCCAACCCCGUUAUCUGCAGAAUUCUCAGAAAGAAGAAACAAUGAUGAAGACACUAAAUGAUCCAGAAUGUACUUGUUCCGACCCUUCGACCAGUUCUACUUCAACGAUUCUUCACGAUUUGUGGCAUCCUGACUCUUUAAUGAUGCUUUUCCUGUUAUAUAACUUCAUCGCAACACUUGAUACAUCCUUCUGCGGCACAGACCUCGGCAAGCGCAAAAGGGCUUUUCUCGGACUCAACGGACUAUCAAGUAACGAUUUUUUGCAAGUUUGGGGCAAGUACCCUGAGAUUGCCGAGGCAUUUGGAUUUAAUGACAUCUUCAGGGCAGUUAUGCAGCAAGACCGGCAAAAGCUCGAAGCUAUUCCUAUGGGCGACCAAUUUACUGAAGGCAUUCUGGAGAUAGAUAUUUAUGAACGACUUAGUCUACUUCUGCAACACAGCCAAACUGUAUAUCUACUGUGCGACAAGAACUCGAUGGCUAUCAGUCCUCUGGAACUUGCAGCAAGGUCAAGUGGAGAAACAUGUACCCAAACAGACAAAUGGGUGCUUUGCCAGAACUGUCAAUGUGCUGUUUCUGCCCAACUGCUCUUAGAGGCCGAUUGCUGCCUGCCGGCUCAUUUGAUGGAACAAAGCUCCCUGGAAAAGUGUUCAUUGAGAUGCCGAAGGCUAUUAUUCAAGCAUUUCAAGAACCGGAGGCGACGACUACGAGAUCUUUCCCUUGCGUUGCUACCCCCUGAAGUCAUACAUCGUUAUGGAGUCACCGUUGAUUUUCUUCCUGACGCUACUGCGAGAUUUCUCUGGAAGGAAUUAGAAUCACGCUGUGGUGAAUCAACAAGACAAGAGUUUGAGAUGGGUCACGGCCUCAAUCCCUUUUGUUCAUACUGCUCCUCCUCCGGAGGCUUGUUCGAAGAGCCCAUUUCUCCACAAAUCUGUUUGUUGGCCGAUGAGUUCGGCAUCAAGCCUUCUGAUGAGGAUGGUCUCCAGCCACUUCUAGCCCGUGUUCAUCUUUCUUCUCACUCAUAUGAUAGGCUCCAGAUCACGAUUCUCUAUCUAAAUUGGCUGUUGAAGCAUGAUUAUCUCAAACUAGAAUACGUGAUUGGAGGCUUCCAGACAUCUGCAUUACAUGAGUUUGGAGGAUGGAUUGGUAGGAAUGUCGCCCGUUACUUUCCAUAUCAGAAUGGCAAUUCGCCCUACUGGUCUGGGGAAGGAAUCAGUCUGAUCACCAAAAUAUGCAACAGCGAGAUGCAGUCCGAUCUAUCAUGCCCCUGUAUAUCAGGUGCAUUUAACCGACCUUUGGCUUCUUUGUUCUCCGGAUUUACGGUCGACACGCUCUCUCAAGUUUCUAGGAAGCUCGAAGUUAUAAGCAGCAUACAGGAUCUAGUUGGUCUGAUUGAAAAGAAGAUAACCAAUACUGACUCGUCCUAUCUUGCCAGAUGUGCUGUCCACACAAUUACAAUGGAAUGCUUGGGUAUAAGACACAUUGGACACUGUCCUCAGGACUACUCAUCAUUAAAAAUGGGAAAAUUGGCCGACGAGGAUGAAUGGGCGGAAUUAUUAGACGAAGAUAGGCUUUUGCUUGAAAAGCUUGACGAUUUCGAUGAAGAAUUCGAAAUGGAGUUCCAAAGUGGAAAUCAGUCAGUGGCAGACUUUCUAGGAGGAUACUACACCGAGCGGAUGCUGGAAGUGAUGAAAGAAAUGGAUGGGUCUCCGGCGGAUGAUUAUAGACGUAGACUACUGGCUGCCGGGGUAGUGAUAGUAGAAUAG